AUGACAUCCAUAUCUAUGCCAAUGAGACGUGAAAUCAAAACAAAAUCAGUCAAAUUAAUACAUGAUGGGGCUUGGAAAGAAUUGAAAGAAGAUAUCAAAUGCGUGGUCAAAGAAAUUCUUAAUAUUUUGAAAGAUAUUUGGAAUAACUCAGCAUUUGAUCCUGAACUCGCAAAGAUAUUAAAUGAGGGGAUAUACCAAUCAACUGUCAUUAUACCUAUUAUUCAAGCUUCAUUGAAAAAUCUCCCCGUUAGAGAUGCUUUUUUUAUUAGCACGUUGGAAAAGCAAAGUAUUGCAAGUGCUAAUAGAAAGGGAGAAGGUUACAUGGGAAGACAUCCAGAUAUUAUGCUUGUAGUGAAAUACUUAGAGAUAGUUUUUGAAUUCAUAUAUGUAGAAUGUUCUCGUUUAAUUUCUAGUCCACAAAAAAAGACCAACGAUGAGAUUAAGUUAUGGCAAGAAACUAAUGAUAGAUUAUAUUGGAUACGCCAAAGUCUUAAACUAGAUAAGGAUCAGUUUGGUAUUGUAGUCUUAUGUAUAGCUUCUAUUUCCAAACUAAAUGUGAAAGAAUUAUCUGAAUUGCUAUCCGAAGUAAUCAAAUCGGAAGCAUCUGAAUCAGAAGAUGUAGAGAUAUUUAAUCUGUGGGACAGUGAAUCUUUUGAUCUUUCAGGAAGUAUUUUGUAG